UUAUAUAUCAUACUUUAUAAAAAAAAAGAUGGCUGCUGCUAAAUUUAGUGAGCUUAAAGCAAAGUUAGAUGCUACUGAGGCCGAGUGCGAAGAUUUACUUAACCAAAAAAAAGAGUUGGAAAACACUGUUCGCGAAUUAGAGAGCGUCCACCAAUCAUAUCCAGGAAAAGUUAAAUACUUACAAGAAUCUUUAGAUCGUAAUGAAGAAGGAAGAGACAUUUUAUUAGAAAAAAUUCACUAUCUAGAAAAUCAAAUUUCUAAUAAUCCCGAUAAUGUGUAUGAUCCCGAUGCUGAGGAAGAAGAAAAGGAGCUCUUACAGGAAGAACUUAAAGAUAAGAAAAAUGAACGAACACGCCUUGAGUUCGAAAUCGAAAAUCACAAUCGAGUGUGCACUCAUCUUAAAAAUGAAAUAUUGGAUUACAAAGAAAAACUACGUCUUCUGCAGUCAAAAGAUCGCGAUGGUGCCGAUGUUACUGCUAAACUGGAACAAGCUUUACUUGAGAACGAAGUUAUUCUUGAGAAUAUUUCUAAAGAAGAGGAACUUAUUUCUGAGGCGAAGGCGUUAUACGAGGCAAAGGAACUUGAAAAGAAGGAGCUUCUAGCCAGUUUGGAAUAA